AUGGCUCUACACCGUCUGCCACAUGAAACCUUGCAGCAAAUCGCAUGCCAUCUUGCUGAUUCGCACCGACCUAGUCUUUAUGCAUUUGGGUUGGCAAGUAAGGCCUGUUACAAUGUUGCCUCUGUACAUCUUUUCCGCCAGAUUCGCCUCGCCAUCCACGGUCCCGAGGAGUUGCAGCGCGAUGUCAAUGCUCUGACUGAGACUCUCUCCCGUGCAGCCUCCUUUCGCAGCGUCCAUACUCUCAAGCUUCAGGGAUUCCUGGAAAUCGAGCGACCAAGGAACAGCAGCGAAGAAAACCGCAAUGACAUCGACCACCUGGGCUGGUGGAAAAGUACUCUCGUCAAUGAACCCCGCAUCAACACCCUGUUGCCGAAUACAGAGCCCGUUCACCGUGGGGAUUUCGUUAGCAAUGAUGAACCUGUGAUUGAACCAUCAUCCGAAGAAGACAAAGCAUGGGCCCCGGUGGUGAAUUUGAUAAACCAGCUGUCGGCCCUUGCUACGCUGGUGUACGACUGCCCCAAUCAAUUUCCGCCGAGCCUGCUGGAUACUCUUCACAGACAUCCUCGAUGCAAGCUCCACCAUCUCAAAUUCCGACUACGGACCGUGUCGUCGGACACAGUCCACCCCUACGAAAUGGCCUUGGCCACAUCUCCACGCCUCUAUAGCGCCAGGCUGUACUGUACCUGGCGAGACUCGGAAGGCAAUGAUGACUUCAACCACGAGGCAAUGAGGGAUCUCACGGCCGGUCUUGCACCGAACCUCAAGGAGGUUACGGUGGUCAAACUCUGGCCGAUGCGGUCAAACAAACACACCUGGCGUCGAGGGAGAUGGAAUGGCCUUCCGGGCUAUAUUACUGAUGGCAAAAUGAUCGGUUCUUUGACCUCUUUGUCACUCGUAGGGACUGUCUCUUUGCUCUCUCCUGCUCUUCUGAAGACUUGGGCUGCGGUCACGGACUUCAACUGUUUGCGCCAUCUUGCACUUGGUGGCGAAGGGUCUGGUUAUAUGGCUGAUCAUGUGAAUGGAAUAAACGGUGAGGUGAUGGAGUGGAUCGCUAGUAAUUGUUCUUUUGCUCAGUUAAAGGUCGUUCGCCUUGUUCUGGAACGCGAUGCGAAUCCUUCUAAUGAAACUGACUAUCGCGAUAGUGCUGUCAGCCUUUUUACAGCACUACCGCCUCUUACUGAGCUUUCGGUGACUGGCCCGCUCGACCCUACGAUCUUGGAUGCUAUUCUAUAUCGACACGGACAGACGUUGGAAAAGUUGAACCUCCACUCUUUGGAGGACGAGGCUGAUAUACAACCUGACGAAGUCAAUCGACAUGAAGUACCGAUGGUGUUCACUGAAGAACACAUGCGACAAAUUCAAGCCCAGUGCCCGAUAUUGGAAGAGCUGGCUGUCCCAGUGAAACGCACGCAGUCUGACGCGGCCGAGGUUGAGAUAUACAAAACUUUUGCCAAGAUGGAGUCACUAAAAUCACUGUUCCUUAUCCUCGACUGCUCUGACUGGCGAGUCACUCGGGACAGCAACUAUGGCCCUGACCCUUCAUUUGAUGAAUACGACCGCGAGACGUGGUCAUAUGACGAUAUCAAGAAAGGCCAUUUACGAGUAGCCUUGAUCAAUAGCGCAGUGGAUGAGAAGCUUGCACGAUCAAUCUGGGACAUCGUCAACCAGCAGAAAUCAGGCCGGCAGUUGGAAUCUCUCAAACUGUGGACCACUGGAGGUGGCUCGUUUGGUAACAAUCGGCGAGAAGCCACUGGCUUGUUGGCAAGUUUAAGUUGUUCGUGGUUAGUUACGCGACUUGCUCGCGACGACUCAGAAACCAUCAAUAUCGAAGAACUAGGCAGACUUGCAAGGGAGGCUCGUGAGCAAAAGAAUAUAGAAGAAGAGGUCAGAUGGAAGAAAGUCAAGAAGACAUCUGCGAAUGCAGAAGUGAAAAAGAAGACGACCUCGGAAGAAUGGCAGGCGAACAGGGAAGAGGGUGAGCUACCCUCAGAGCUGACGGAAUCAGAAUUGAACGCUGACUUGGACACGGAGACCCUGAGGAUUUUCCGCCGCAUCUGGCCUCGUCAAGAGGAGAGCAAAGGAUGGCGCAAAGAUUGGUCAAGCUUUGCUCUGCAGACUUAG